AUGGAAGGUUUUUGUUCAUUUGACGUCCGAUUGUUGAUGAAUUCUAUAAACAGUGAAGCAUCUGAUAAAGGCUCUGUGGAAAAUCUAACAGAAGAAGUUUUAGAAGAUAUCAAAGUUCGUUGUUGUUUUGUGACAAGUAUCAACCGAGCCAAGCAAAUCUUUGAUGUACACUGUGGGAAAGCUGAUUCUAAUAAAUUACCUACACCACCUGUUGGUCUUGAUUACCCACUUGGUGGUGAUCGUUUCUUACACAUCAGUGGCAGUACAAGAGAAGAGGCUUGUGAAGUCUUAUUUGAACAGGAUAAUGAAGAGAUAUCAUUAGCCACAAUGAUUCUGGACUCUUUAAUAAAGUGCCCUAUUGAUGUCCGCAAAGACUUGGCUGAGAAUAUUGUCAUUAUGGGAGGGACAAGCAUUCUACCUGGUUUUUACAGCCGACUUCAGAAGGAACUUUAUAACCAACUAAAUAAACCAAAAUAUAUGGACACAUUGAAACUGAAAGUAUUUAAAUUUCAUCAACCACCUUCCAAAGAGAAUUAUACUGCAUGGUUAGGUGGUGCCAUUGCUGGAGCAAUGAUAACAUUACCAAACCGUUCUGUAUCACAAGAGACUUUUCUGAAAACCAAUACUCUACCUGAUUGGUGUAAGAUACAAGAAAAAAAUCAGAGCAGUACUGAAGAUUUACUAAAACAAGGGCACAAAAUACUGUCAUAA